AUACGAGCAGACAGGCAGGCUGACUUAAGGGAAAAAGCAGCAGCAGCAGCAGGGGGGAACAAACUCUUCCCCCGCCGCUUAGGAACCAAAAGCGACCACAGACGUAAAGACGACGCGAUGUCAGGCACGUAAUGCUACUGUUUAGUCCGAGGAGACAGCUACCAGUUAGGAAGAGGCUGCGGAGAGGCGCGGGUGAGGACUGACAGCUGGAGAAAUAAGGAUUUAAGGACCGCACGUGGAAAAAGGCUCGCGCCAAACAAAUCGUGAAACUUGGACUCCUUCACUUUGACUUGUUUGCAAGCUCUUCCCUCCCUGCCUGAUUUAAGAGAUGAGCGCCAAGUCGAUCAUCAACAAGGAGCUCUUCACGCCUCACGAUGAGAAGAUGCUUGCUGCGGUGCAGGUGAAGCGGAGGACAAAGAAGAAAAUCCCUUUUUUGGCCACUGGUGGUCAGGGAGAUUACAUGACUUUCAUCUGCCUCUCAGUCACAAAUAAGAAACCCUCUCACGUAUCGAUCACCAAAGUGAAGCAGUUCCAAGGAUCUUCGUCUUUCAUCAAAAGAUCACAGUGGACACUCGACCAGCUACGGCAGGUCAAUGGCAUUGACACCAGCAAAGACUGUCCAGAGUUUGACCUUAUGUUUGACAAUGGUUUGGAUCAGUGGGUUGCUAGUUCAGGAGGAGAGAAGUGCACCUUCAUCCAGAUUCUUCACCACUCUUGCCAACGCUACUGCUCAGCGCGGAAACCCGAGUUUGUCAACUGUCAGUCCAAGCUGCUCGGUGUUUAUCGUUGCAAAGGCUUUUUCAACAGAAUGGGGAAAGACCUUGGUUCGCAUCAAGGUCGUCAGAAAAAACAAGGUAACAGUAUACUACACUCAGCUGCAGACAGUGUGACGAGUGCCGUACAGAAGGCCAGCCAGGCCCUGAAUGAGCGCGGUGAGCGAUUAGGUCGGGCUGAGGAGAGGACCGCAGACAUGAUGAACAGUGCUGAACAGUUUGCAGUCACUGCACACAAGCUCGCCAUGAAGCACAAAUGUUAAGACCACUGCCAAAUCCAGCUGGACUGGGAGUGCCAGCAUUCACCAGUCGCUGCACAGAAGAAUGGUUCCAGAUGUUAUUCUGUCAAGUGUUUGUAAUACGAUUAAUGUGUGUUAACAAUGUUAACAUGUUUAUGUGUUUGGGUUAUUGUGCUGCGGCGCAUCUCAUUCCUGAUGACGGUGACGCAUCACGCUGGUGGAGCGGCGGGGUCGAGUGGGACUCUGGUUCAAAUUUUCUGCAGAAUGUUUUAAUGCUUUCAUUUGACAGAGCCCUAAAAUACUGUUUUUCUUUUUCCCUUUAAUUAAACUAAUUUGUUUACAGUUAUCUAGAUAGACAAAUAAUUCUGUUAUUUGUGAGUAUUUCAUAUUUCUAAUGGUUAUCAAUGAGCACUGUUGUUGUUUUCAGUCAGGUUUACAGAGGAGAUAACCUUUGUAUGGGUUUUCGUGACGACUGGGUGACACAUUCCCAAAUAUUAACACGUUUAUCCAACUGGCUCAGCGUCUUGGAUGAUAUCUCCCAUGAACAGAAUAUUGCACAUGCAGUUGUAAAACCUAAGUGUUCCUAACAUAUUUAAAGGCUCAUUUGAAAGGCAAUGAUUUCAGAUGACAAGAACGAGAAAAAAAAAAAAAAAAAAAACGUAAAUUUUUUCGAUCUGAUCUAAAAUAUGUUUUUUCAGUAAGAUUAUUUCCUUUGCUUCUCAGACUCUUGGACUCAGAUGGUCUUGUGUUUUGUUUAUGGUUUGAAGACCAGUCUAACCAGUACUAAUAUAAUGUCAGUGCUUCACACAACCUGCAGAUAGAGUCUGGGUCGCAUGCCCUGUAAAAUAAUUGAACCCUUGGUGAGUUUGUCUGUAGUCCAACUUAUGUUUAUGUUUAUGUAUUUAGCAGACGCUUAUGUCCAAAGCGACUCACAAGCGACUGACAAGUGACCACUUACACACACAUUUGCUGUCAUUUUUGGAAGUGCACUUGAAAACAACUAUUUUACGCACAGUUUUAGGUGUAUGAGUUAGUGUGUUGAUUCAUGUCGCAUGGGGGCGGUUUGGCCAACCAGCUUCUGCACAGUAAAAAGAAAACUCGAGCACUAUAAUCUCAAUGUUUGUAUAGCUAACGUGUCCCUGAUUAUGGGAUGUUUUGAACUAAAUCCUGACUGUAUUUCACCAUUAGUUACACUUUGGGCUUUUGUCGGUCUAAUUUGUUCGUGUUUGCUGAUAAAAGGGCACAUUUUUCACUCGGCAGCAGUGGUGCAUGAGUUUAGUGUUGGCUUCCACACCGACUGUAAACUUCUGCUUAGUCACUAUGAAAACACCAACUUCACACUUAAAAUGUGUUUGAUGCUUUGUAUACUUUCAAUUUUGUAAGUUAAUGCACAGAAUAAAAAAUUUAAAAUAAAGUAAAAGUAUUGCAGAACACUGUCGAGUUCAUAAUGAAACGUUCCAGUUGCCUCGUUUUUAGUGUGCUAUAGUUUCACGCUUCUAUGUAUUUAAACGAUGGAAGCAGAAUUUUUAUUAUUGUGUUUAUUAUUUUUUUUAGCUAACUGUUCCAACAGUAAAAAAUCCAAGUUGUGCAACUUUUUGUUCUUUAUGUCAUAACUGAAUCAGUCGUCACCUUGUUUACUGCUCAUAAACAAAAUAAGGUGCCAAAAGCUUAAGUGUCUAAUGGGUCUUUGUCCUGGUCUCCGUCUGAUGUGCUCUGUUUGAUUUCAUGGUUUAACAUCACUCUCAUGUCCCUGAUCUCCGCUCUGUGAUGUAAAAACACAAAUAAAGUUCACUUCAUAAUCUCA